GCUGCGGCCACCUGCCCCGGCACAGCGCCCCCCUGGCCGGGCACUGGGAGGGCAGCGCAGGGCACCAGGAGGAGGCUGGCAGGAUGGGCAGCAAGGAAGAUGCGGGGAAGGGGUGCCCGGCGGCCGGCGGCGUGUCCAGUUUCACCAUCCAGUCCAUCCUGGGCGGGGGGCCCUCCGAGGCACCGCGGGAGCCCCCCGGCUGGCCGGCCCGAAAGCGCAGCCUGUCGGUGUCCUCGGAGGAGGAGGAGCUGGACGACGGCUGGAAGGCGCCCGCCUGCUUCUGCCCGGACCCGCACGGCGCCCAGGACGCGGGGCCCCCGCACCGGCCCCCGCUUCCCUUUCCUUGCCUGGGGACCCACAAGGGCAGCGCGGGUACCGGCCCCACCAGCGCGGAGCGCCCGCCGUUCCUGUCUGCGGCGCACCCGGACUUUAAGGAGGAGAAGGAGAGACUCCUGCCCGCCGCAGGCUCGCCGUCGUCGCCGGGCCACGAGAGGCCGAGGGAAGGGGGCUCCGAGCGCCAGGCGGCCGCCGCCAAGAAGAAGACCCGCACGGUGUUCUCCCGCAGCCAAGUGUACCAGCUCGAGUCCACCUUCGACAUGAAGCGCUACCUGAGCAGCUCGGAGCGCGCCUGCCUGGCCUCCAGCCUGCAGCUCACCGAGACGCAGGUCAAGACUUGGUUCCAGAACCGCCGCAACAAGUGGAAGCGGCAGCUGUCGGCCGAGCUGGAGGCGGCCAACAUGGCCCACGCGUCGGCGCAGACUCUGGUGGGGCUGCCGCUGAUGUUCCGGGACAGCUCGCUGCUGCGGGUGCCCGUGCCCCGGCCGCUGGCCUUCCCCGCGCCGCUGUACUACCCGGGCGGCGGCCUGUCGGCGCUGCCUCUCUACAACCUGUACAGCAAGCUGGACUACUGAGCCCGCCCUGCGGAUUCGCCUCCGUGACUCGCUGACCCGUGGGCCUGCUCUUUUCUAUUUUAAAUCGUUUUCGGCUUAUUUAUUGGUCUUCUUCCAACCGGAUCGUCUGCUUGCCUCCCCCCGAACAAACCACAUGGGCUCUGGGAACUUUAUUUUAUUUCAUUUUAUUUUUUCAGGGUUGGCAGGGGGGAAACAAGAGUUUGGACCAGUUAGACUUGGAUCUCGGUGGGGGAGGAAACAC